AUGGCCGAUGACACCGCCACGGCAGAGGAUUCACCCAUCACCUUCCACAUCAAAGCUUCAAAUGACGCCAAAUUUACUCUCACAUUACCCGCCUCGACGCCAGUGUUGGAGUUGAAGGAGAAACUCGCUUCCUCUGAAUAUGCCGACACCCCAGCAGAGCGCCAGCGCUUGAUCUAUUCGGGAAGAGUGCUCAAGGAUAAUGAGACCCUGGCGACUUACAAGAUCAAAGAUGGACAUACUAUUCAUCUGGUCAAGAGCGCUGCCAGCAAUCAACGUGCAAGUGGCGCCGCCCCGAGCGCUUCAACAUCCACAUCUACGGGCGCUGCCGCCAACCCGUCGACUGCUGGUGUCCCAACCAACCUCGCUGCCGGUACAGGCAACAAUCCUCUCGCCGGCUUGACUGGCGCAAGGUAUGCUGGGUUUGCGCAGCUUCCGGGCGCUGGAAUGUUUGGGCCAGAUGGUGGGAUGGGUCCUCCUCCUGACGCUGAAUCCAUGCUCAAUAUGCUCGAAAAUCCCCAAUUCCAGUCUACAAUUAAUGAGGCUCUACAGAACCCAGCCAUGAUCGAUAUGAUGAUUCAACAGAACCCAAUGCUGCGUGAUAUGGGCCCGGGUGUGCGGCAAAUGAUGCAGAGCCCUGAGUUCCGUCGUAUGCUGACCGAUCCCAAUUCCAUUCGUCGGAUGAUGCAGAUGCAAAGAGCCAUGGGAGGUACAGGUUUUGGCAGCGGCGCUUUCCCCGCCCCUGGGGUCACAAACACAACACCGGAGGAGAACCGGAAUAACUCCCAGAACACCAACGACACGAACACUAUCCCGAGUGCUCCGCCAUUCAACCCGUUCUUAUCACAAGGUCUUGGUGCGGGUAAUCCGUUUGCUGCCUUGUUUGGCGGCAACCAGGGCUUCGGACUCAACCCACCCAGCAACACAUCCGGAGGUGACCAGGCCGGCGCAGCGGUGCGAGAGGCGACGGGAACGACUGCCGGUACAGCGGCGCCCGCGGAAGGUCAGAAUACACCGAAUGCACCGAACGCGCAGAAUCCAUUCGGUCUUCUCCUGAACCCUGCCCUUUUUGGAGCCCAGGCUGGUCAAGCUGGUCCGGGAGGCGUUAACCCGUUUAAUCCCCAACAAAAUCCAUUCCUCCGUGACCCCCAGUUGCUGGCACAGGCCAUGCAGUUAAUGGAAGGCCAAGGCGGCGAAGGAGGAGGUGGUGUGAAUCCUCUGGCAGCACUGUUUGGCGGCUCCGGCCUGGGCAGUGCCGCUCCUCCAGACAACCGACCGCCCGAGGAGCGAUACGCCGACCAGCUGCGUCAGCUUAAUGACAUGGGAUUCUACGAGUUUGAAAGGAAUAUCGAAGCCCUUCGGCGAGCUGGCGGCAGCGUACAAGGCGCAGUGGAGUAUCUGCUGAGCCAUCCGUCCUAAUAUUCCCUCGAUUCCCGAAAUGAGAUCAUUGGUGAUUUUCUAGCACAUUGACUGCGGCUUUGCUUUUUAUCUUGGGUGUGCAAUAUGAGGAACGGUUUCUGUAAUAAUUCUUCCCUCGUUGUUUGUAGACAGGCAUUACAUUCGCAAGCAGCUGCAGUUGAUCCUUUGAUGCCUUGUCAUGACCGAGUAUGAUAGUGAAUUUCACAUCUAUGUAACUGUUUAACCAUCUGUAUGUGUGUGUGGAGUGUGUGCUAGAUAGAGUAGUCCUUGGUACGUACCCGGUCGUCUAACUCUACCAGGACCCAUAAACAACACCAAAACAUGGUUAUAACCCCCAUCCUUAUAGCUAAUUCAAGUUAACAAUCCAAAGAGGAUGUAGUUUUU